UAAUGAUCCCAACGUUAAGAUAAUGCUCGACACCUACCACUUGCAGAGACUUCACGGGAAUCUAACCCAUUAUAUCAAUGAUUUGGGGCCAUAUGUAGGACACGUGCAGAUAUCUCAGGUGCCCGACAGGGACUGUCCGGUCGGGGAGGGAGAAAUCAAUCACAACUAUGCGUUGAAGCAAAUCAGUCGAGUAUAUGAUGGUUACGUCGGCCUUGAAUACAAAAGUGGGUCCAUUUGUGUGCUGAUAUCAUAUGAUAAAAGCAGCGAUUCUUUCGUGUGGUUGAAUCAAUUCAAAGACCUUUAAAUGAGGCAAUGAAUGCACUUUCAAUUGUCUACACUAAAGUUAAUUAUACUUUAAAUCUAUGCAAAC